CCUAUUGACUGUCGAACAACCACUUUUGAACAUUGCCAACAACGGUAAUCUUGAUGACUUGUGUAAAUCCUUGACUGAAGUGCUUAGUGAAGAUACAAACAGUGUUUCCAAAAUGGAAAAUAAUUCAAUUAAACAUGUGCCAGUAAACCAGACAAUCAAGAAAGUUGGGCACAGCAUGUUUUAUGAAGUUGAUACAGUGAAGUUAGUACCUGCAACAUCAAAAGAAACUGAAAAAGCAGAUGCUGUGGUGUCAGAUGAUGAAGUUCCAGAUGUCCAUCAGGAUUGCACAAUAUUCAGCGGUGUGUCAUACUUAGGAGCAGCAGCUAUUAAUGCUCCAAAGAGUGAAGCAGAAAUUCAGCGUAAUAUGUGCAUUUUAAAUGAACAGUCUUCAGAACAAGCCAUCAAGGUGUCAGUUUCUGUGCCAAGCUUGUCAAAUGGCACAGUUGUAUUGUAUGAUGCAGCUUCUCAUGUGAUAAUGGCUCGGUAUGAAAUCCAUCGCAUCCUGUUCUAUGCACGAGGGACAGCGGGAUCUACCGAAGCUUCAUGUUUUGCCUUCACAUGGUCUCAUGGAGACACUCAAGAAUCAGCUAUUUUUCAGUGCCAUGUAUUUAGAUGUGACAUUCCUGAAGCUGUAGGCCAGGUUUCAGCCUGUUUUGCAAAAGCCUUUCAACGAGUACCGAAGUCAAUGAAUAAUUCAGUCACAUCAAGUGAUCUUGGACCAGCAGUACCACCUGACAGAGAACAUGUUGAAGUCUAUGUAUUUGAAGUGAGCAUGGAAAUCAAAGAAGAUGAUGGCCGGAGUGGCUUUAGUGCAGUACCAAAGGACCGAAGUUACUUUAAAUUACGUGUGAACCUGGAAAAACAGCUCUGUCUCACAGUACAGCAAGUGUCAGAGAAUGAAAGGGACCUGGAGGUGGAGAGGUGUUUUGGUGUACUAGUCAGCCCUGGUCGCAACGUCAAACACAGUGAUAUGCAGUUGCUUGAGAUGGUGUCAGUGGGUUCAGGAACUGGUGAUAAACAAUGUUAUGUGAUCUCUGGUCACUGGGAUCCUGCAGAUCCAGCAUUUGAAGCUUUGAAUGUGGAGACGCCACGUGAUGGACGAAUUUACAUCACAGUGGCUGUAGAUCUGGUGAUCCAAGGUAUCCAGGAGCCUGUCCGUUUUCUUAUUGAGACACCUGUAAAAGUAUUUCCUCAAGGAGAGCGCUUCUGGUACUUCAGUCGACGCCCUCUCAUACAGCAGUUCUCCCUCAACCUACGAGAGGUGCCAUCAAGUGAUGUAAGCACAGUCCAUUAUAAGGUUCUGAGUAUUGACACUUCGGGUGAGCUAGAUAGAAACCGGCUAAACCUUACACUAAAUUUAGCAAGUCUGAUUCGUUCUCCUAGCAUUGCUUCCAUAGACGUUGAUACACUUACACCUAAGGAAGAGGCUAUGUCAGAUGGGGAUGAACCAUUACUAAGUGGUACUGGUGAAGUAUCAAAAGAUUGUUCAGAAAUGGAGUUAGAAUCUUGGGCAGAAGCACUUGCUCGCUGGACAAGCACCAAGCAGCGGCCACGGCAGUUAGCAUCUCUUGUACGGGGUGGCAUUCCAGAAGCUUUACGUGGAGAGGUUUGGCAGCGUCUUGCAGGUUGUGAAAAUGAUACAACGAUGAUGGAUACCUACAGAAUUCUCAUUACAAAGGACAGUACUUGUGAGACUGUAAUCCAGCGAGACAUUAACCGCACAUUUCCAGCACAUGAUUUCUUCAAGGAAGCUGGUGGCUUGGGCCAAGACUCACUGUAUCGCAUUUCAAAGGCUUAUGCUGUUCAUGAUUCAGAAGUGGGCUACUGCCAAGGACUCAGUUUCUUAGCUGCAACUUUACUUUUACAUAUGCCAGAAGAGCAAGCAUUUUGCAUACUGGUGAAAUUAAUGUAUGAUUAUGGUUUGCGGGACCUGUAUAAAGAUGGCUUUGAAAACUUAUACAUGCGACUCUACCAGUUAAAUAGGCUGAUGGAGGAGCAGCUGCCCCAGUUAUGGCAACAUUUCUCUGACAAAGGUGUGGAGUCACACAUGUUUGCAUCUCAGUGGUUCCUCACAUUAUUCACAGCCCGAUUUCCCCUUUAUUUUGUUUUUCACAUCAUUGAUGUUUUCCUUCUUCAGGGUGUGGAUACAUUGUUCCAAGUUGCUCUAGCAUUACUUAUGAUGUGCAAGAAGGAGCUACUAUUAUUGGACUUCGAAAGCAUCCUUAAAUAUUUCCGUGUGACUCUCCCAAAGAAGUGUCGUACUGAAGAAGUGGCCCGGCAGCUCAUGAAGCUUGCAACAAGUCUUAAGGUUAAGAAAUUGAAGAAAUAUGAACAAGACUUUAUUACUCUUAAAGAGGUCCAGGACAAUGCUGACCAGUACAGGAAUGAGCUUGAUCAACUUAAAUCAACGCUGCUAAGAACUGAGGAAGAGAAGAAGAGAUUAGAAGAUGAAGUGACUCAGGUGAAGGAAAUGCUGAAGAGGGAAGUACAGAAAGCUGAAAAUGAAAGCAACCGCAACACAGCAAUUAUUACUGAAUAUAAGCAGAUUUGCCAACGGCUUGAUGAUGAACAGGUUGCAGCAAAAGCAGCCUUGAACGAUCUCAGAAGUCAGGUGGUGGGCUGUGACCAUUGUCGAACAUUACUGGGAGAUGAGAAUAUUACAGAAAAUGGAGGAGAACAAGAUAUCCCAACCAACAAGACUAGCGAUCCCCAACUGAUACGAGCUCAGGAGCGCAUCCGAGAACUAGAACUUGAACUGGCACAGACAAAACUUGCACAUGUGGAGGCUGAGUGCCGUAAUCAGGAUUUGGUACAUCAGCUGCAUUCCACUGUGGCAGAGUUGCAGACUGCACGUAAUUCAUGGCCUCCAUGGUUGCAUAAGACAUUGAGUUCUAUUAAAGAAGUAGCUAACAAAAAGGAGCUGACUGGAGGAGGACCCUUAGCAACCAUGGCCAGACGGGAUGUAGUUUCAGGAGGUGGCCCUGUAGUUGUAGUCCGACGUGACUCAGCACCAGGCCUGUCCAGGGAUUCUGCUAGUCGAGAAAGUCUGCGUGACAUGUAGACGGUCCAUGUUACAUCUCUGAUAACUCAUCGGUCAUUAGGUUCUUCCAUUUUGGAAUGAAUAAUGAUGAGUUUAUCAUAAAAUAUACUUCAAACAAAUGUCUUAUGGCACAUUCCUCAAAUGUUGUCUGACUGUAUUAGGUGUUAUGACAUUACCUUGUAAUUUGGAUAACAUUUUUAGCAGUUAAGUUUUUGGAGGUAGAAUGGUCAAGCAACUUCUAAAAAAGGAGAAUAAUUAAUAUUCUCUUUCAAGAAUAUUAUGAGUUCAACUGCAAAUUGUGGUAAAAUUCUUCAAAAUAACACAGGGUACCAUCCUGCCCCAUCUUAAUGCAGGAUUGCAUUGAUGUGCAUUGGUCAUCAUCUACAGUAUGAACCUCCAGCAGUGUACUGCAGUUUUGUAAUGGAAAAUGUUAAAAUAAUUUAUUUCUGACCAUUUCUGUUUAAACAAAACUCCAAUGAAAUUACUUGUUCACCUGUAGUAGGCAGCAGCAUUUAAAAGGACAGACACAAGGCAAUGUCAUGAAGCCAUCUUCACUAAAAUGGGGUAGUCCAUCAAUCACAUAAUACAAUGUACGAACAAAGAAAAGACAAUUAGAGCUAAUGAAUAUAUGUAUGUGUGUCUUAAGAAACAGUAUAUUUAUAAGAAGGUCACAUGAUAUCUUUGCAUAGUUAAUGUUUCUGUAUGAAUCUAAUAAGAUCACUGACAAAGAUCUACGAGUAUGUGUGGAUAUAGUAUGAAUGUAAACGUUUUCUCUACCAUAUGUGUAUGGUACUUCAUGGUUUCUAUUUCAUAUCUAAGUUAGACAUUAAUAAUUUCAUCUUUGAAUUGCACAUUAUAUCAUUAGUUUAAAAUAUUCAGUUGCAAUGAAAUAUUAAUAUUUUUCAACUACAGUAAUGUGCCAUUAGUAGUCUUAUGAUGUGUUGUGGCAUAGAAUCAUCUGUUGCCAACAGCCAGUGAGUGUAUUUCUGUGAUGAGUUGCUAAUGACAAACCUCCACAUAAGUUUAUAUUAGGACAAAAUUCUGAUAAAGAAAACCAUAAGAAGAUAAAAUUAUUGUAAUAUGCAAGAAAAGGAGAUUAUGUAUGUUACAACUGAAAUAUUUCUAUUUGGAUUAAAGCUGCAGUAAUUGUGUUACAAUCUGUAUCUUUUUAAGUCAGUGCAUAUCAUUCAUACUUAGACAUUUAUGUCAUAAUUUGUGGCCGCACUUUACCCCCCGGAAAGGACCCCAUACCCAUUGGACAGGAGGCUGGGUGGGCCCCAGAGCCAGUCUGGACGCAGAGGCUAGAGGAAAAACCCUUGCCCCAGUCGGGGAUCGAACCCCAGUCGCCCAGCCUGUAGCUAGUCACUAUACCAAUUGAGCUAUCCCGGCUCAUGAUAAUUACGUACUUGUGCAAUAAAAAUAUUCAUGAAGUACUAUUAACUUUACUAUCUUGCAGGAAGUAUUUAAAUAAGUACUAUGCUGCUUCAAAAUGUAUUCUGCCCAAUGAAAGAUCCAUUCUGUAACAAAUUCAAGUUUCCUACUCAUGGAACUCUUCUAUAUAAAAAGCUGUUGUAAUUACUUCAUUGGUGAGAUUUGAGGUUUUCCGACCCUUUAACCUACAUGCAUCUUUCCUCUAUACUAUCCUCUCUCUACAGGUUUAUGCAUCCUUCCUUUCCCUUCAAAAGUGGUUUACCUUCUCCAUGCUUUUCAUAUUCCUAAUUUUGUAGGUAGUUCAUUCAGAAUAUUAUGGAGACAGUUCUUCAGUCAGUGCAUUGUGUUUUAGUAUACAGAUUCAUAAAAGAAGAACUUGAUGUUAAGAUUUAGCAUCUUGUUCAGUUUGAGACACAUAAUCACAGGCUUUGCUGAAAAUGUUAAGAAAUUCUCCACAUUUUUGUUCAUGUGUGUACAAUGUGUGAUCAGUAACAAUUGCGCUACAUGCCUACUACAAGCAGUGUGAUGGUGUCCACUCAAAAUUUGUGAACUCCUGGAACAUGAAACAAAACAUAUUAAUUAGUUUUAUGAAAUGUGGAUAAAUAUCAAAAUAUACAUGUCUUGGUGUCAGCAUUAUUUAUAGCCCUACAGCCAUUCAAACAGUAUUCUCAGUUUUUGUUCAGGUAAAAAUAUCUAGUGAUUUUUACUACAUAAACAUUUUCUUUUGGUAAUAAAUAUCUCAGGUAAUGAAUUUUGCUGGCAUUGACAACAUUUUUUACAUAUUCUAAUGUGAAAAAAUCCAGAGAGAUUUGGAUUAUGUGGAGGUUAUGUCAUUAGUCAGGGUCUUCCAAUCAGUUAGGAAAUUUGUCAUUCAGAGCAUGGUGAACUUGAAGCCUGACAUGUGGUAGGGAUCUGCUUUGUGAAAGAAGUGCAGUUGCAUUCCCCUUUCAGUGUCAUUAUUGGAAAACAAAACAUGGUGAGUUGUUCAAUAUUUCAUACAGUUCCACAAUUAUGUCUCAAAUUAAAGAGAGAUUAAGUCUUGAAAACGGAAGAUUUUUCCAUUGACACUAAACCGAACAGAACAGAACAGUUGGAAAAGUAGGUAAGGAUUAAUAAGAUUCAGUCCUUCAUAUACCAAACUCAAACAUUUUCUUUUUUGACAUGUGUUCAAAUGACAUUUUUUAAUCAGGCAUGCUGGUCAAAUUAAUUUAUGCUAGAAUUCUACAAUAAUUUUUAAAUCAUACCUUUGAAUCUCAAAUUAUUAGAAGCUAAUAUUUUUUCCUUAACACGUAAGCUAUGGUACAUACAUAUGUUGUAUCAUGGGAUCCUCAUGUGUGAAUUUAUUAAAUAUACCGAACAGAAAAUUAAGAAAUAGCCAAACACUUGAUUGCAUGUUGGUGUUUUAUUUGUAUUUAUUUUUUAUUUAAAUGUUAUUUUCAGAAGUCAUGGCUCCUUUCAUAAUAUAGAGUAAUUAAAAUUAUGUGAACUAGCUAUUAUAGUAAUAUCUAUGUAGCCAAAUAGUUUAUUGUGCAAACUGAUUAUAACAACACACAAGAUUUGACCUGGACUUUGUUUCCAGAUUCAUUUCUUUUUAGGUUCAGUUACACCUGUGUGCCUUGUUUGUUCAUUUGUACACAACAUACUAAAUCACUGAGGGUGAUUUUAAUGAACUGUUGUAUUAGAAGCUCAUGCUAUAAUGUGCAUGUAUGAACCAAACAUAAUACUAAUUCACACUAGGUAGUCUGGACUAUCAUGUUGCACAAAAUCCAAGUUUCAAGUGGGAGGAAUUUGUAUUGCCUAAUAUGUAGUCUUUUAUGAAUCACUUUAAAUUUUUCUUCAUGCAGGCCUGUGUUCAGUCCCAGGUCAGUUGAUGUAGGAUUCAUGGUCAUCAGAGUAGUAGUAGCAGUAGUACCUCUGAAGCAAAUUUUGCUUUAAAUACUGUACUUUUCCAUGGUAAUCAUCAUCUGCCAAAGGCCUUACUCACAUGUCAUUGCUGCUGAGGUGUGCUAUAAGCCCAUGUAACAUACACAAUAUCACAACCUUAGUUCAGUAUCUGAGCUUGUAACUUGACACUGUUGAUUUUUUUAUAGUAAUGCUCAUGUGAACUUUCCUUUGUCCGGACAGUAAUAUGUUACCUUUAGAAAUGUUUGUAAAUGGUUGGGUUGGUAAAAUGGAUAGGUGGACAGGCAGACAAGUAUAUCAUGUGGUGAGAUUUGAGGUUCUCACAGCAACGAGUAUGAAGAUGGCUGUCUUCUGGGAUAUAGCACCAUUGUAAUCUGGUAGAUAUUGACCAUCUUCUUAUCUCCCUGAUGAUGACAGUAAGAUCCUCUGAAAUGUUGAAAUGACAAUCAGUAUCCAGCAGACUACAUGAUGCUACAUCCCAGAAUAUUGCAGUCCUCAUAUACAUCACAUAUUUUGGUCUGCUCUCCUGCUCAGUAUCUGAGUCUUUUCUCAGAAUUUUAAUCAUUAUGUUGGAUCACAUUCUAUACUGUAUGUACAGUGAAUAUGGUGGUUAUUAAUGUAGUUUAAGCUAUAACAUUUAGAGCCUGAACAGAAAUUGGUACAGUGCUUAUAAUAUACAGAGUUCUUUUCUCUGUAAGUGCCAGGAAGGCAAAAAGCCAAAGUACUUUGAAAACAGAUGUAAUUGAAGCAGUGGAUUGAAAGUAUAAGAGUCAAAGAAUGGAAGUGCAAUGGAGAAUAAGUCAAGUAUAUGAGAGUAAAUAUGUAAAUUAAAGGGCUCAUAAAAGAAAUUAUACCUCACAUACAUAAAUGUGACUGGAUACUGUCUCCCUGAAAUUGCCAAAAUUAGCUUACUACUUUUUUGAUGAAUUGUGAUUCCACAAAUAAGCAAUUGUUAAUUAGAUAAAUACAGUAGUUUGCUGCAGAAAUGAACUCUCAUUAGGUUCUUUAACUCCUUAAAGCACAGUGUUUGCUAUAGGUACUACUUUAGCUUCCAGUAAUUCUGCAUUUUGCCAGCAGAAUGUAUUUAUGGAUUUCCUAUGAUUCUCAGAAUAGGCAGAUUAUUUCCUUAAACAUUAUUAAAUUAUUUUUGUGAUAAAUAUUUUCUUUGAGGUAGAAAAUGAAUUUUUAAUUAUAUUGAUGAACUUAAUGCUUCAGACAGUUAAUACAGGAGUUCCCAGCCAUUGGUGAGACAGAGUAGCUGUCAGUAAGUUUGUUGGCUAUAUAGUGGAUGAAUGGAGUUUUGUCACUGUUGACAGGGACAGGAAUUUUUUUUUCUUCCACCCACUGCAUCCACACUGAUUCUGGGUCCACCUAAGCACCUACUCAAUAGAUUCAAGGUGCUCUUUCUGUGGUAGUAAAGUGUCCAGUGUGAUGAUGACCAUUCAGCAUUCUACAGUUGAGAUUAAGAAUGCACCAGACUUUUCCUUUACUUACCAUAAACUAUGAUGGUGUAGUGUUUAAACAAAGGGACAUCUUUUUCAGCUUUGUUGUUUAUACUCGGUCUUCCUUUACUGGGGCCUUAAGUUGACCUGAACCCUGGGCUCAGUUCAGUAGGUAGUUUACAAAAGUGAGAAGAAAGAAACUCAUGAUUGCCUGCAGUUGGGAACAGCUGGAUUUAUUAACUUUCCUGCUUCAUAAUGGAUUGGAAAUAUAUUGCAAUUAUUUGUUUCAUCAUCAUCAUCUUUGGGAUCAUCAUAUACAUCUUCUUCUUCUAUGGCUCUCCGGUCUGUAUUCCAGAUUGGUCAAGGGGGAGAGGUCAGACUAAGACAGGUACCCUGGCCCUCCAGGUUGGGGUUGGUCACAAGGCUAACAACCUUGCACCGUAAAAAGGAAGAUGUUUCAAAACCAUCAUAUACAUGGAUCACAACAAUAGGCACAUUCAGUCAUAAAAUUAUGACUUAAAACAUGAACAUUAUGUCCAUUCUUUGACACUUUCAUUCCAGUUCUCAAUUUGGCAGCUGUUGAUUCCAAGAACAGAAACAAUAAUUAUAUUUCUGUUUAAUCCAUUUAUUGUAUAAGAUAAAUAACUCAUGUGCAAUUUUUAUUACUUCAAAAUAUGUCAUGCUUAAAAAGCUAGCCAUUGUAUUUUCAAGUAGAUACUCUUUUCUUCAGUAUAAUGUAUAUGUAUUUUGAGUUAUUACAAUGCAAAAACAUAAAUACUCAGCCAUGUACUAUGUAAUGCUAGUCUGUAUGAAGUGUACAUUAAAAUAAAUUAAGAUUCAGUACUUUA